CACUAGAGGUCACUCACUACCAGUGAUCAGCUCACGCUACGUCCAACAUAGCAACCACGCCCUACUCCGACCCUCGAAGCACUACCGCGGCUUCGCCGGCCACCUGCGAUUCGGACAAUGGCGUCGCAUCAAGAAACCAGGAAGCAGACCACGAAGGGCCGAGAGGAGGAAGGUCAAGACCAAGCGAUGAGCCUAGAGGAGAUCGGCAAGUACCGCACCGAGGCGCAGCAGCGCUCCACGGACGCCAUCCGCGCGGCCGAGGGGCGGUUUAACAAGGCAAACAAGGCUGAGCAUGGCGGCACCAAGGGAGCGGUGGCCGUGGCCCAGCAGGCGCCCGGCGCCACCACGGUGGUGUCGUAUCAGGAGACAAUGAAGCAGCCCGCGAAGCAGGGGGAAAGCCAGGGGAUGGGCCAGGGCACCGAGGCGAAGCAGUGGCUGGCGGACGCCUCCAGCGAAGCCAGGGAGCGGUGCAACCGGGCCCUGGGGACGAGCCCGGCCGCGGCGCACGACGGCAAGGGGGCGGAGGCGGCCCACGCGCCGGCAGCCGCGGCUCCACUCCAACAAGCCAAGAAGUCGUCCACGGAGCAGGAGGGUGGUCAAGCCUGCAGCCAUCUGACGAGGCAGGAGGAGAUGGGGAGGCACGGCGGCGAGGCGCACAAGAGCUCGGCCGCGGGAGAGAAGCAUGAUAAGGGCACGGAGGCCGGCGCUGCAGCCGGACACGGAACGGAAGGCACGGCCACGAACCCGCUUGGCGCUACGGCGGACUACGCCGCGGCAAAGGGCACCGAGGCCAAGGACGCCGGGGCGCGCGGCGCGCAGGCCACCGAGGAGAAGACCAAGGAGGCCGCGGGGACCGCCGUGGACUACACCAAGCAGGCGACCGCGAAGGCGAAGGACGUCACUGCCAGUGCGGCGGGGACGACCAUAGAGUACGCGAAGCAGGUCGCCUCGAAGGCCAAGGACGUCACUCUGAGCACAGGCGGGACGGCCGCGGAGUACGCGAAGCAGGCGGCAGUGAAGGGCAAGGAUGUCACGCUGAGUACCGGCGGGACGGCCGCGGAGUACGCGAAGCAGGCGGCGGUGAAGGGCAAGGACGUCACGCUGAGCACGGGCGCGACGGCCGCGGAGUACGCGAAGCAGGCGGCGGUGAAGGGCAAGGACGUCACGCUGAGCACGGGCGAGACGGCCGCGGGGUACGCCAAGGCCGCCACCGAGAAGGCGAAGGAGGCGGCGGUCGCGACGGCAAAGACGACGGCCGGGUACACGCAGCAGGCGGCGGUGAAGGCCACGGACGUUACGGUGUCCACCGGAGCGCAGGUGGCGCAGAAGGCGAAGGAGGUGACGGCGGACACCGCGCACAGGGUGGCGGAGUACGCGAAGGAGAAGGCAGAGCAAGGCAAGGAGAGCGCGGCCCGCGCCGCCGACAAAGCGGAGGAGCCGGGCUAUGACGCGACCACGCACGCCAAGGACUCAGCCUCACAGACGGCGGAGAAGGCCCGCGACAUGACCGGACAACACAAAGACAGGGCCAAGGACAGCGUCGGAGACAUGACGCGCAAGGCAGAGGGCAAGGCCGAAGAGACCGAGGACAAGAUGAAGGACACGGCUGGAUCCAUGGCGCAAAAGGCGAGCGACACCGCCGGACGUGCCAAGGACACAGCAAAAGACGCGGCUGGCGACAUGACGCAGAGGUCGAAGGACGCCGCUGCCCAGGCCAGAGACAAGGCCAAGGACACUACCUCACACGCAGAACAGAAAGCAGGUGAAGCGAAGGACAGCGCGACGGAGACGGGCAAGACCGGCGCCGGAGGCGUGACGACGAAGGCGAAGGAGGCGGCUGGUGGCGACGAGGACACGACGAUAGUGGGCGACGUCCUGGAGGCGGUGGGCGCGACCGUGGUCGGGUUAGCGCAGCACACCAAGGGAAUCGUCGCCGGCGAGGAGGAACUGGUCCCUCUCGAAGGCGAGGAGGGGAAGGUCACCGGAGCGAAAGAAGAGAAGCGCAAGUCCCCUUGAUGGAGCCGCUGCUAUGCUCUUGGGUCGUCGCCGGAGUCCGGACUCGCCGUGUACUGCUUUUGCAAACACGUCUGAGUAGAAUAAUGUUGUUGGUGUGCGUGUGUUGCCAUAUCGGUGUGUGAUCGUCUGUACAUAUGUACCUAUAUAUCGAUAUAGUGU